AUGUUCUCAACACUGACAAUCACAAGCGACGACAUUCCGCAAGCCAUAACCUUGACUAGGACAGAAGACUUCCCAUCUCACAAGUUCGAUUAUAAGAAGAGUAAAUAUCAUAGCAAACCGACAUGGCAGUCAUCGUGGUACCCACAAAGUGCCGGCCACCUGUCUCUCAGGCUUACAGAGCGCAUAUCCGGAGGUAGAUCCGCCGUCACAUACGCAGCGGAGAUAGUCUCUGGCAACACCAACGCGGUCGUGAGUGGUGUUACCGCUUCGCAUCCCAUUCCUUCCGAACCCGAAUUAUGCGUCAAAGUGGCGCGGCUCAACUGCUGCCGCACACUGGCUCGAGAAGCCUGGAUAUAUGACAAGCUGCGCCGGCGCGCCCGUGGGCGGGACACGUGGUUAUACGACCAACUUCCUCCCGACGAUAAGCUCCAGGGUAUCAUAGCGCCCCACUUCUAUGGUCUUUUCACGGCUGAAACGCUUCCUGGCCAAUUUUCUCCUUGGUCCACCGAAGACUUCAAAUUCGAGACUGCCUGGGAUGAUAAUAUUCUAUCUGAUGAGGACGAGAUGUCGGAUGACUUCCUGCCGGAUGACAACACGAUGUAUCCGGAGCACUCUUGGUAUAACCACGGUGUGGGGGGGCGAGAGCUGUCAGAAUGGUGUCAUUGGCGCCCGGAUCCCGCAGCGCCGGUCUUGGCUGUCAUAGUCAUGUCGCGUGGAGGACCGACCUAUACGUUUGAGGACCAUAUGGAUCCAGCGACGCAAGACGAUAUCCAUGCCAUUCUCGAUGACCUGUCCCUGGCAUCCCUCGUCCACGGCGACCUACGCCCCGCGAACAUCGUGCGCGCACCAGCGUCGACGAUGCCAUGUGAACGCCAUAAGUGCAUUCACAAAUGGAACGUCAUCGACUUCUCCAGGGCGUUGGUUGACGACUACGAUCCGGAGAAUGCAGAAAUCCCGCAGACGAAUGAGUGGUGUGCAAAGCGGAUGGUCCAUAAUUUACAGAAUUAUAGCUACUCAAAAAAGGAUACCUUUUUUUAUCGGUAACUCAGUUAAUACUAGAAUACCAGUUUGUGCUUAUUCUUAAACGAGACUGUUUUCACUCCAGCUACGCGCCGUCUCACUUAUUGAGCUGUCGUUUAACAUUCAUGUCCACGGAUAUAAUUUGCUUUGUUGUGUACUUG